AUGAUCGCAGCAGAAUCGUGGGAUCAAAUGUGCCGAAGGGUUGAAGAUCUGUUGGAGGCUUGCGACAAGUGGAAUUUAUCGAUCAGUGUGGCGAAGAGUUUCUGGGGCAUGGAUAAGGUAGGAUAUCUGGGACAUCGAGUGUCGAUCGGAGGUCUAGAGGUGAACCCAAAAGAUCUGAAGUCCCUGACCGAUCUGCCGUUCCCUGGGUCACUUCGAUCCAUGCAGUCGUUUCUGGGUAGUUUGAAUUACUACAGCCGAUUCAUUGAAGACUACGCUAUCUACGCUUCGGUACUAUAUGAGCUACGCGAGGUGGAGUUCGCAGAACUGGAGAAACGAUCAGAUCUGAGGAAGAUCAUGGACCAGAACGACCCGAUUGCACGGGAUCACGGCCUUCAGCUGGUGGAACCACUAAAUGAGAGGUGGAUCAGGGCGCAUAAGGCCUUCAUCACAAUGAAAACCAAGAGCGCGACAACUCCGAUCCUCCGACUCUUCGACGAGACGAGAACGCCGGUAGUUAUUGUAAAAGACUACGCUAUCUACGCCUUCUUUGACGCAAGAACACGACGGGAUCUACCACCCGGUUGCGUUCGCCAACCGCACCUUGAAGACGAACGAGUUGAAUUACAAUGUGACCGAAAAGGAGGUGUUGGCAUUGCUGAGGAUCUUGGAUCUCUACUACAAUUUACUAGUGGGCGCGAGAUCCGGGUCUUAACGAGACAUUCCACGUUAGCCAGGCUGUUCAAGUCGACGGGAUUACAGGGUCGCCUAGGACAAUGGUCAGCCCUCCUGGCCCCGUGGACUCUCGAGAUCACGAAGUACACAAAGGGUGAGGUCGAAAUACUGGGGGCGAUCGCUGCUAGCAUCACGCCGAGAGCGAAGAUCGACGACGCUCUGACCGAUAUCGCUCCCCGGAAGGAACCUAAACGCCGGAUCCAAGCUCCUAUACCCACCGUAGAUCGAGGAGAGGAAUUAUGGGUUGUCAGUUUUGACGGAUCCGCUCGAGUAAAGCGUGGCGGGGGCACGUUCAGCGCGAUCGUGUGGCUCAAAGCUAGAUCGGGCUAUCUCGAGAGCCUCACCGUGAACGAAGCAGAGUAUAACGGCCUGGUCCUGGGACUCGGCAUGCUAGAGAACCUAGAUCGCAAACGCCUUGUGAUCUGCGGUGAUUCCAACUUAGUGAUCCGACAAGUACGGGGUGAGAUCGAUUGUAAAGCACCCGGGCUGACGCUACUGAAGCAGAAGGCCCUCGAUCGCCUGAGGAAAUGGAGCGAUCACGAUCUAGUGCAUGUGCAGAGAGACUGUAAUGGGGGUGCCGACAGUCUAGCGAGUGCUGCUUUGCAACGACCAGGCGGGAUCGAGGUCCAGGGAGAGCCCGAAUUCCAAGAUAUGUUCACCUUGAACCGGUUGGACGAGAUCCUGAUUCCCAAGACCGGGAACCCAGUGGUGCGAGUUGCUGCGGUCACCACCCGAGCUUCCCGAGUAAGAUCACCUGCGGGUGUCAUGCAAGAGGACUUAAUCCGGGAGAUGCGGGUUGAUCGGAUCAAGCGGGAUCAGGAGGAGGAAGUCUGGAUCGCAGGCAUGAAGAAGUACCUGAGUGGCUCGAUCGCAGCCCCUCACUCAAGCAGAAGCAGAUCGUAUGACAAGAUCGCUGCCGACUAUGAGGCGGACGAACAGGAUCUAUUCUUCUACUGCCCCUCUGCGCCAAGAUCGGGGGAUGAUCGCGAUCGGUUGCUGAGAUUGGUCGUUCCCGAAACGCUACAAUCGGACGUCUUACUUCACUAUCGCACUACGUUGGAAGGAGGACAUCAGGAAGUGGGACGUACUUAUCAGCAGAUCAGGGAUCACUUCUACUGGAGAGUGGAGAGGACUAUAUCGGAUCGUCCAGCGAUAUGUGAGAAAUGCGUGGACUGUGAAACAGGGAAAGGAAGACCGGUGAUCCGGGGUGAAUCCCUGGGGAACUUGCAGGCGACGUACCCGUUGCAGAUCAUUGCGAUGGAUCACAUACCGUCGCUACCUAGAUCCCACAAGGGAAAUACUGAGUUGUUGAUCUGGGUCGAUCUGUUCACAGGAUAUGUGAUCGCGAAAGCUAGCACGUCCCGAUCGGCCCAAACGGUCACUGAAUCGUACGAAGAGUGUGUAUUUCGACGAUUCGGUACCAACGAGAUGAUCCGGCAUGAUCGAGAACCGGGUUCAUGUCCGAUUUCUUCCGGGCGUUUAGCAAGAUCCUGGGACAACGGCAGCGGUCGACGAUGGCAUAUCGGCCACAAGCCAACGGGACCGCUGAGAGAAUGGGCGCUCAAGAUGUAUGUUCGCUAUCUCGAUCAGAAGGAUUGGGAUGAGUAUGCCGAGCGACUUACCUUCGCGAUCAACACGGCCCACGAUCGGAUCCGAGGAGAUACCCUUCACUAUUUGAUCGACGUUGGAGGCUACAUUGCCAGUCGGAUGCACUACACGGCGCGAUCGAGAUGCACGGCGAUGGCGUUGUCGGGUCCAGCGAUAAUAUCAGCAGUCCCGAGAGCAAGUCAACGCCAGAUUGAAGAUCGGCCCAGCCGCCACAACGAGGAUGUCGGAUCGCACCAGAUCGAGGCUGGAUCUCGUGUCUGGUUGUACCUAGACCGGGUGAAGGAAGGAUAUGCGCGGAAAUUGGCUCACCUGUGGCAUGGGCCAUUCCGAGUUGCCGAAAAGAUCAACGAAUUCAGCAUCAAGCUUGAGAUCGCGGGUACUGGGUGCCAGAUCUUUCCAGUCGUUCACGUGUCGAAGCUGAAAUUGGUCAAGGACUUUCCUGAUCGGCCACGAAUAGAACUCUCGGUGGACGAGUCGGAUCGCCUCGAUUUCGAUGAGCUGAAAUUGGUCAAGGACUUUCCUGAUCGGCCGCGAAUAGAACUCUCGUUGGACGAGUCGGAUCGCCUCGAUUUCGAUGAGGUCCUGCUCCCGGAGGACAGCUGGAUCCCAGAUCUCGGGGCCGACGAGUACGAAGUCGAAUGGAUUUCGGAUGUGCGGAGUGGGAAGAAAACGCGAUUCGGUCGGAUCUACCGAGAAUUCCUGGUGCAUUGGGUAGGAUAUGACGAGCCGACCUGA